AUGGAUUCAGACGAGUUUAUGAAUCCAUAUCUUCCCUCCUCUAGCUAUAUGAACCUGUUACACAGCCAACUUGAUAACCAAAACCUCGAAUACACUCCUUUUGAUAGUCCAUGUUCUAAAACUCCAUCUGAACCCCCAUCCGAACCUCCAUCCCCUCAAGUAAACCGCAAGUCAAGGCAUGCAUGGUUACCAACGGAUGAUAUCAUGUUGGUCAGCGCUUGGCUCAACACUAGCAAGGAUCCGAUUACUUCCAACGAGCAAAGACGUGGAGCCUUUUGGGGGAGGAUUGCGGAUUACUUUGCAUCAUGUCCGAAUGCUGUUGAUCGGCCAAAGAGAGAGGCGAGUCACUGUAAGCAGAGGUGGGGGAGGAUAAACGACUUGGUGUGCAAGUUCGUUGGCUGUUACAAGGCUGCCACAAGAGAGAAGUCUAGUGGACAGAAUGAAGAUGAUGUGAUGAAGUUAGCACAUCAGAUAUAUUUCAAUGAUCAUGGAACGAGGUUUACCUUGGAGCAUGCAUGGCGAGACUUAAGAUACGAUCAAAAAUGGUGUGCCUCAACAUCUAUUAAAGGUAGUGGAGUGAAAAGGGGAAGAGUGAGUGUUGAUGGGUCUGAACCGGAUGCACACCCGGUUGUUGAUGUCGAUGAACCAUUGCCUCGUUCUCCUGGUGUUAAGGCUGCAAAGGGGAAGUCCAAAACAAGCUCAAACACCCAACCGGAUGUGGAGGAAGAUGGAAAAGCUUACUUGGAGUAUCAGUUGGACCGUGUGUCUUGGAUGUAUGAGAUGAAGGAGAAGGACUUCGCAUUGAAAGAGAAGGAGUACGCUAUGAAGAAGGAGCAUAUGAAGCAUGUGAUGCUUGAAAAUCUGAUUGCCAAGAAGGAUUCAUUAACUGAAUCAGAAAAAACUCUUAAGGAUAAGCUAAUUGAUGACAUGAUGUCAUCAACUUGA